AAGAUGGUGCCACUAAUCAGUGCGAGAAAAGUGGUCGAAAUUAUAACGUUGGUAAUACUGGAAAGCACGUGUACUUGUAAAUAUGAUUGCAUUCACCAGCUGUCAUACGCUAUCUUAUUUAAUAUUAUCCGAAUAAUUUCUGAAUUGGUUUACACGCGCAAGAACUUAUUAAUAUUACAAGCAUACAUUGUGUCCGACCUGUAAAUUCAGAAGGGGUUUAAUAAAAUGGAAAGAGCGAGCAAGAAGGAGCUUUGCGAAAUCGUAGAUAAGCAGAGGCAAAAACUAACCAAGUAUGAGAACCGCCUGAGAGAUAUCGUGCCGGCGUACGAGAGUUUAGUAAAAGAAAAAGAAGCCCUAGAAGAAAGCCUCAAAACUUUUAUCCUUAAAACUAAGGCUGACGUAGAUAAAAAUGAUAAAACAUCAGAUUUGAAAACUGGCACUGAACUGGUGCCUAAUUCUAAAAAAGAAGCAAUAAGCCAACUAGAGACUGUGGAGCAAUUAAAAACUCAGCUUACUGCCCUGAUGAAUUCGUUAGCAACUCUUUCAGCAGAAAAAUCAAAAAUGGAGGCAAAUUUUCAGUCUGAUAAAAAACAGCUGCGCACGGAAAGAGAAGAAUACGAAAAAGUUAUCAGAGAGUUGAGAGAAAAAUUGAAACAGGCACAAAAAGAAACACGCUCCGAGGUUGAGCAUGUUAAGUAUAAACUCAUCAUGGAACGGCAUGAACGAGAAAAGGAGCAAGCUGAUCAUUCCGCAAUGAUUAAGUACAUAUACCUCACUUGUAUGAAGAAUGCUUUCGACCGAUGUUGGGAACUGCAAAGACUGCUCAAUGACGAAAGAUGCGCCAAGGAGCAGCUGGAAAACCAAGUUAAGGAUCUGAAGAUCAAUGUAGCGAGUAAAGAGCAAAGUAGGUUGCUAGAGGCAGAGUUAGAAAUUGCCAGGAAUAAAUUGAAACAAGCAGAGGCAGCUGCAAAAGAAACUCCUCCACUACUGCUUUCUUUACAAUUUGAAAUGGCGAGUUUAAAACAACAACAUCGCAAUGCAAUUCAAGAGGAACAAAAGAGAGCCUCUGCCGCAGAACAACAGGCAAGAAUUCUAGCAAUGACGCAUGAAUCCAGAGUUGCAGGAUUGGAGGCUCGAUUAGCAGAGUUAUCGGAAACAGUUGGAGGAUACGAUAGACUGAGGUAUCAGGAUCAGCAAGCUAUUCAAAAGCUAAAGGACCAAUUGGCCAAUUUGCAAGGGGCUGGAUAUAAAGAUAAAGAAACAGGAAGGUUCGAAAAUGAUCCAGAAGAAAUUGCAGUUAGAAUAAAGAAGCUCUAUGGUCGUUUGUCGGACCUGGCGAAUCAGGACAAGUCGUCUGAUAUCAAAAGUAAACUGAAUCUACGCGAUGUUAACGAGGAUCUAGAGUACAAAGAAAAGUUUGAAAAACUAGAACAAGAGUUCGAAGAUUUCAAACUGAAAACAUCGGCCCAGCUUCGCCAUGCGACACCUGAUUCCUCGCUGAAUAAAGAACAGGACAAAAUUACUGCUUCUGAAUCAAACGAAUGCGGUAAUUACAAACUGCAGUUGAAUGCUGCUAAAUUGCAGAUUAAAAAUUUAGAAGAAAGAUUGCGCAGAUCGAAUGCAGAUAUAAUUAACAAAGAGAAAGAAUUCAAAUCUCAAUUAGAAAAUCAGCAACAGCUACUCAGAGAAGAACGAUUGAAAAGUGAAAGAUCGCUAUCUCUGAAGGAAAAUGAAUUCCGAGGAAAGAUUUCAACCUUGGAACAUCAGCUUCAACGUCAAAGGGAACGAACAUUGGUAUUAAUUCAGGACAAGGACCAAGAAAUACAAACCUUAAAAUCAUCAUUUCAUGCGUUACUGCCAAAGAAAGCUUCUUCUGGAGAUCAAGAAGACCGCUCCAAAUCCCCGACUCCGGACAAUGUUUCCGAACCAGCGGUUGAUCUUGUUACAGGCUUGCUGACAGCCGACAGUCCACCUAUGCUCCAUUACGCUCAAGAAUUGGCGAGGCGAGAAGUCCAGGUUUCAGGAUUACGAAAAAGCAACAUGAAAUUGGAAGCAGAUAUUAGAGAGAAACAUAGAGAAUAUAUAAAAGCUACUGAAAAACACAAAGAGGAAUUGAAAAGAUUAGAAAGUGAAGUGACAAGAUUGAAAGCCUACAAAUCCAGAGAAGGUGCAAAUCUCGAGUACUUGAAGAAUGUCGUGCUCAAUUACCUCCUGACUAAUGAUGGAUCCAGUAAGCGGCAUAUGCUGAAUGCUAUUUCUACCAUUCUUCACUUCACUCCGGAAGAGGCGGAGAAAAUUCGUCACCUCAAACGACAUUGAUGAAUGUACCGAUAAAAUGAUGGUUCGUUCAUCACUAUGUUCGGUUCUUGAAAGUAAUCGGAUCAAAAUUAUUGAAGGUGUCACGGUUCAAGCAGUAUUAUUUCUCUCCGCGACUACCUUGGCCUGGACAAUCUGCCUGGGGUAAAAGGUGCAAGAUUUCACAAUUAUUCAUUCAUUACUUGUUGUACAAGUCAGAAAAAACAUUCCCUUCACCCACCAUGAAUACUUAAUUGACUAAAACAUUAAAUAUUGCUUUUAAAUUAUUUAUAAAAUGAUACGAAAAUAUUCCACGUAAUGCGUUUGUUGGGAAAUAUCCAAAGGACUGUAAUAUUGCACGCGACAGUAGAAAGAAACUUGAUUCAGCGAUAACUUUUUAGAUUUCAUGUAGCAUGUUGUCUUGUUAAAAAGUGGAUACGACAAUACUCAAAAGACACGUUCAAACUAUUAAUUCUACAUGAAAUUUAUUAUAUCGCUUUCUCUACAUGAAGUGAUCACAUUGUUGGCAUUGAAAAAAUAUCCUCAAGCAAUAUUUUCUAUCUAAUGCCUACCGCGAGUACUUGGGAUGUACGAAAUACACAUUAUGUAACACAUUUACAAUAAAAUUAUUGAUGUAUAUAUAUGCAUGUGUGUAUAUAAUUUAAAUAAUUCAUAUCCUUAAGUCUACAAUAUUGUUACAGUUUAUUGAUUAGGAUUAUACGUAUCGUCAUACCUUAUAUCGUCAUAUUCAUAAUUUUAUGUACAGGAAAGGCUAGUGGAGAAAGACUGCAGCUAAUGCAGGAUUGUGCAAAUUGUUACCAAUUCUCUUUAUCGAACAACAUGAAAUAAUAAACAUCUCUCGUAUCGA